UAUGGGAAAUACUGCAAGUGUGCUUUUGUUUCAAGCUCUUUUAGCUAUUGUGCAGUCCCUCAAAAAGGAGCCUGGUGUAAACUACUGCACCAUGCCUGUGGUGCUAAUAAGGCCUCGAAUGAUGUGCGAACCUCUGCGCUCACUCUGGGUCCUUAGGAAAGGUAAAUGUGUAGAGGCUCUUCAUUGUAUGGAUGGAUACUCAAAAAAAGAGUGCAAUAGCAAUUGCUUUGGAAAAAAGAAGAUAAUAUACCUCAAGACGAAUCCGCCAACAAAACCCAAACUAAUAACGAAAAAAACUGCAAAACCCAUUACCACUUGUGCAACCACAGAGAUAGAAAUUACCACAACUACUGAGUAUUAUGAGCAGUCUACAGGAGAAUUUUCGCCAUCUACCAGGGAAACUAGAAGACCUAAACGAACGCGAAGAACGAGACGGUUUGAAAUUAAAGAGAUGUGUUAACAAAGAUAUUUCAAAAGUGAACCAAAUUAUUAUCAUUACAAGAGAAACGUAAAACAAAUUGAAAUCCUGAU